GCUCCUUGUCUGUAGUCCAGCGCGCGCGCGCGCACGUCCAACCCCGUCGCGAUGGUGACCGAGCAGAAAUCGCUUCAUUUCCCUGUAGACCGCUGAACAAACGGCACGGCUUCACACACACACAUUUUGUUAUGUAUUCAGCACUGUGUGCUCUGUGUUCACGAUGCCUGAAGAAAUUUAAAACCACCGUUCAGAAGAGUCUUUUUGAUUCCUGUGGAAUCUAUAUGACAUUUGGCCCUUCUAUUCGUUUUUAACAAAAACGUCCCCGCGUCUGCGAGCGCGUGGAUACCUCGCUUACUGGAGACGCCCCUUUUCCUUCGACGAUGCCCGUACAAGCGCCGCAAUGGACCGAGUUUCUGUUGUGUCCUAUCUGCACACAGACGUUCGAGGAGAAUGUGCGCAAGCCCAUCAGCCUGGGCUGCGGACACACCGUCUGCAAGAUGUGCCUGAACAAGCUGCACCGCAAAGCCUGCCCUUUCGACCAGACCACCAUCAGCGCAGACAUCGAGUUGCUCCCCGUCAACACGGCGCUGCUGCAGCUCGUCUGCCCUCAGGUACCCAAGUCUCAACCAGUCACCUUAGUGAAAGGAGCAGAGGACAUCAAGCAUUACGAUGAAGCACGAACGUGUGUGGAGGAUCUUGCUCUCUACCUCAAACCCCUCAGCAACACCCGAGGUGCAGGGCUUGGCACUGCGAGUCAGAGUGUCCUCAGCAGACCAAUGCAGAGGAAGCUGGUGACCCUGGUGCACUGCCAACUGGUGGAAGAGGAGGGUCGUAUUCGCGCCAUGCGUGCCGCCCGCUCUCUAGGGGAGCGUACAGUUACUGAGCUCAUCCUGCAACACCAAAACCCCCAGCAGCUCUCUUCCAACCUGUGGGCUGCUGUGCGAGCACGGGGAUGCCAGUUCCUCGGCCCUGCCAUGCAGGAGGAGGCUCUGAAGUUAGUGCUGCUGGCUUUGGAGGAUGGCUCGCCUCUGUCCCGCAAGGUUCUGGUUUUGUUUGUUGUCCAGAGGCUUGAGCCACGAUUUCCUCAGGCCUCUAAAACCAGUAUCGGCCAUGUCGUCCAGCUGCUGUACAGAGCCUCGUGUUUUAAGGUGACAAAGCGAGACGAGGACUCGUCCCUGAUGCAGCUAAAGGAAGAGUUCAGGACUUAUGAGGCUCUGCGAAGAGAGCACGACUCCCAGAUCGUCCAGAUAGCCAUGGAGGGAGGCCUGCGCAUCGCUCCUGACCAGUGGUCCUCUCUACUCUAUGGGGAUCAGUCCCACAAGUCCCACAUGCAGUCCAUUAUUGAUAAGUUGCAGACUCCAGCCUCUUUUGCUCAGAGUGUACAGGAGCUCACUAUUGCCCUGCAGAGAACAGGAGACCCGGCUAACCUCAAUCGCCUCAGACCCCAUUUAGAACUGCUGGCCGACAUUGACCCGAGCCCAGAUGCCCCUGCCCCUACAUGGGAGCAGCUGGACAAAGGGCUGGUGGCUGUAAAAACAGUGGUGCAUGGUCUUGUGGACUUUAUCCAGAACCACAGCAAGAAGGCAGGAGAUCCACAACAGGCUCCUCAGCACAGCAAGUACAAGACUUACAUGUGUAGAGACAUGAAGCAGAAGGGAGGGUGCCCCAGAGGAGCCAGCUGCACUUUUGCCCACUCACAGGAGGAACUGGAAAAGUUCCGAAAAAUGAACAAGCGGCUGCCUUUGAGGAAGCCCCUCAGCCAGUCGCUGACCCAGCUCAAUGACAUGGACGUAGCUUGCAGCCAAGGCCUACUGUCGGAUGAGGGAUUAGGCGUGGAGGGUCUUGCUCACAAACCGUCCAUGGUUUCCAAUGGCAUUCUCCCAGUGCCACCUGGAUCAGAGCUCUCGCAUUUGGUCUCCCGUGGAUCAGCUGCAGCCUACGACACGGCACGCAAGCUGGGAAAACCAGACACGGGGAGCCUCAGCGCUCCGGAAUCACCACCAGACUCACUGGACUCCAUUCCUAAAGUGAUGUCCUCAGUGACUCACUCUAGAAUGCAGAGAGAGAAUCUGGCUGGACGUGCAAUGUCUGCUGUCUCCAGAGUUCCCCAGAUGCCACUGUAUUCUCCACAUCCACACGAGGCUUAUUACUCAGAGUCCCGAGUACCACCUCCUGCUUCCCAGUUCGAGUCCUCUCAGUAUCCUACUGGCAGCUCCUACGCUUAUCAGCACUUGCAGCAUCGCUAUACUCGCCCAGUUGACCCCAGCCUGGCACCCUACCCAGACCCCUAUUCUGUGCCCUAUGCCCAAGAACGCCAAUAUCCCGCUCCUCCAUCUGACCCUCGCUACAGCUACCACGACAGCCGCCGCCAUGCACCUUACGGAGGUCACCCCCCACUUUCAUCAUAUGCUCGAGAUGAGCUGGGACACAGGAGUCCUGUCCCUAUGGACAUGCCCCCACCACCACAGGCUCCAACAGCAGGAGCAUCGUCGUCCUACCUUCCAGAACCGCGGGACAGAUACGGCCCUGAUCACUCUGGCCACAGUAGGCCUUAUAGCAGCAGGAAUGCCUACGCCAGACCUCAGCCCAGCCUGGACUACCUGCACCGUCGGAGGAAGGAAAUCAUGGCCCAGCUGGAGGAACGAAAAGUUGUCUCUCCUCCUCCCUUUGGAUCCUCUACAAACCUGUCUCAUUCUUAUGACUCCGGUUAUACACAAGAGGUCAGGGGGCAAAACCAUUAUAUGGGCGAAAAUCCUCCAGUGUUCCAGAACGCCAGAGAACCGGAAUACGCGCCUUCGUAUUCACCAUGGUCAUGCGACACGUUUGUUCCCUACAUCGGCACCAAGGAUAUGAAGUCCAAAGAUUGCGAGGCCACGGGCUACAUGGAGAUGACUAUAGAAAAAAGCCUGAGAGAUCCAGCUCUGGAGCUACAGCGUCGAGCAGCAGAGGUCAAAGAUGAUGACCCGAUAAUCCCUUUCGGCUCCUUGCCCACCGUCUCUCGCUUCGGAGCUAUAUCCCGCACAUCCAAAUCAGGAUAUCAGCCUGCUGGCCUUGUUCCAGGCCCCCCAGCCAAACACUCUGCAAACACAGUCGAUUACAGUUACGGGAAUCGCGGAGGAUGGAGUGAAGCCUCUUACACCCAGCACCAAACCAUGCCAUCUCAGGGACACUUCAGCGAGCGUCUGCCUGCUGCCCAGGAGAGGGAACAGCUGAAAAUGGAGCUCCAGCAGGUCAACCAACAGAUUACCCAGCAGACUCGCUGUAUGGAGAGGGAACCAGGUUCCGCAGGUGUUCCAGUGGAGUGGUCAACAGCUAGUGUUUCCAGCGAGCAACUGAGCUUAGAGUUGCACCAGGUGGAGAGAGAGAUUGGCAUGAGGACGCGCGAGAUGGCCAUGGAGGCAGCCGGCAUGAAGUACAAGCUGAUCGCAGGAAGAGAAAACGGACAAAAUGAGCACAAUUUACAGCAAGAGGAUCACCAUCUAGCUCUCAGUGAGGGGUCAAACGGUUCCAGUUCUGUGGUGCAGGACUGUGGUUUGGGAAGCUCCAGCAUGUCCUCCCUGACCAGCAAGACCUCCUCACUCAGCCUGUCGUCUGAUCUGGUGGGCAGCAGCCCGGAUCUGACCAAGAACGGAGUGGCUCACGCGUGCUCAUAGUUUGUCUUAUGCUAGAUGCUACCUUUUAUGAGCUUUAUCACGCUCCCUCUAUCUCUCUCUCUUUCUCUCUCUCUCUCUCCCCUCACAUUACACUCUAGAAUGUUCUCCAAGCUCACCACCAAAUCACAGAGGCUGCAAUACACCACCAAUCACUUAACUAUUGAACAUAUUCCACUCAUAUUGGGUCACUUAUUCUUUUUCUUUACCACCGCAGUAUUGGGAUGUUGAACAUUCCAUAUCUUCAGUGCAUUCAGCUGCAUUCAUGACCGCUAAACAAUCGAAUGAUCUUCAAAGUAGUACUUGCCUCGCAACAUCUACAGGAUAUUACAGAAAAUAGGAAUAAGCAGUAUCUGCCAUAUAUUUUGGGUUCCUUGGUUGACGUGUUUUUUUUUUUUUUGUUUUUUUGGUUCCGUAAAGGAAUUUUUAUUUUCUUAAAGUGUAAUACUUUCACUGCCUUAAAAAAAACCAGAGCAUUCAAGAAGCAUUUUAUGAAUGUGUUUACUCGCUAUUCGAAACAGUAAUGUUAAUUUCAAUAAGGAAAAGUAAUACUCGCACGUAAUAGACUCCGACUACGUUCUUAGUAGUUACAAUAUCGUUCACGAUGCUGACUUUUUAAGUUCGAAGUUUACAUUCUGCACAUUUCUCUCAUGAAUCUCCUUACAGACUCCCUAUUGUGCUGCAUAUCCUAGAUAUAUCGGAACCUGGCAGAGUUGAUGAACAUUUGCUGUUUUAUACAAAAAAAAAAAAACCUUCAGCACUUCUUUCAGUAUCCCCCCCAGAAUUAUGUCAGAGUGAUCAAUGUUCGGGUGUCGUGAGUUCGCCGGGUAUCUUCUCGCUGAAAAUAUCACUCAGGCUUCGCCCACACGUAUACAUUUUUUAUAAAACGUUUUGUGCCACAUGAAAAAACAAACGCUGUUCAGAAUGGAGAAUUGUUCAAAUUUCAUUCUCUCUUUUUUGCACGUUAUGAAUGUUUCAGGUCUGGUUCUAAACAUGUCUGCCGUCCAGACAUUUCAGCUCCGGUUUCUUAUUCGAGGACGUUUUAUUACAAGGGCGAGAUUCAUUUUAAAUAUCGCGCAAAGGAGGGAGAACACGAUUCGCUGUUUGAAUCCCUCGCUCCAGGGAUACAGCCCCGGACUGUGAACGCAGCAGUAGUUCCACUCCGGCGGUCCUUGUGCGUGAAUCCUCGCGUGUGUCAAGUUGUAUUUGUUAAGAACUUUGUGCCAUGGUGGUAUUCCCCCCCACACAUUGUCUUCUUUACCACUCGGUACAGUUUUUGUUGUUGUUCCCAACGUACACGCGUUCACGCCAUCACUGUUCCAGUGUCCAUGUGAGUAUUUAAGGAGAAAAUGUGGUCGUAAAAUUUUUCUUCAGAAAUAUUCGUAUACGUGUGAACGGAGCCUCAGUCUUGUCCCCUUGAUUCCUGCCAAUCAGAUCCCAGUCCCGGAUUCUUGUCUCAUUUCACACUUCCACUCCACGCUAGCUUGGUUUGAAAUUUGUGACAUCAAGAGCAUCACUCUGACCUCGAAUCUGUUCAUUCCUGGAGCGAAAAUGGCCAAAUUCUUACUGUUAUAUUUGGCUAUAAAUAUACAUUUCUUUUAAUUUCCCAGAAGCUGAGCUUCCAAAAAAUGUGCUUUUCCUCAGAGGUGGUCAGAAACAGCUAAAGCAUGUGGACUGAGCCAGAAAGCCACUUAUCACUUGUAGCCAAUUGCACUUUUUUUUAUUAUUAAUACUUUUUUCUUUUUUUUUUUUUUUUUUUUUUUUUUUUUAAGAUCACGUGCUAACAUACCUCUCAGCUUUAAUGUAUUUUUAACCAGGGAUAUUUACACGUUUCAUCCUGAGGAUGGAAAACAAGCCUAAGAGACAAACUGAAAGGAGACAUUCUGUUUUAUGAAUGUUUUUAUAUAUAUAUGUAUAUGAUUCAGGGAAAACUUUGAUCUGCAUACAGAUCUUCAGAACUAGAAAAGUCAUUUAAAAAAAGACUAAAGCCUUACAGUCAGGGUGCUGCUGUGGUGUGUGUUAAAGUGUUUUCUUUUGGGUUUUUAUUCGUGCACACACACACACUGGCUCAUUUAGGACGUUUAUGUUCUAGACAAAUUAGAAAUAAGAUGCUGUUCUGAUCACCUCUGACUGGACCUCAAGCAAUGUCAUUUAUUCAAACCAAUUUUUUUUUGUGUUGUUUUUAACUUCUGUGAAGUUGCUGUUGUCAUUGGCAUGUUAAUGAUUUCUCCAGGAGGCCACAGCGAGGGGUCCAGAGCCGGUGCACCUUGUACUGUCACUUUUCCUCUUUUUACUCCCCCCCCCCCCUUCCUUUUUCUUUUCAACGCGACGUCCUCCGGGGUCUGUGUGAGCCUAUAAAAGGAAAUCACUGCCUAAUGUGAAGCACAGCGUUCAUUCAUUGUAUGUUCUGAAAGUUCGUUCUGCCGAACAUCUUUAGAGAUUAAACAAUUAAUAGGAUAAAACGACCGGCAUUAUUUAACAUACAAACAGCUACGAGUGGGCUUUGGAGUAUUUUUGGCGUAUAAAAAAAAAAGUCAGAACAGCAUUAAUCGGCUUCAUGGGCUUGCAGUGUUCACAGUAAAAAAAAAAAAAAUGGCUAAAUCAAAAUAGGGGGUGAUAGGCGGCUCAGCGAUUUUCAUCGAGCGUGAUUAAAGCGGGAAAGUGAAAGAUUUCAGUAUAAAAUAAUCAGUAAUCGCUGUUCAGUGUUAAAAGUAGUGAUUCCUGCGGUAGUAAGAUCAUCGAUUUUACACCACGCGGUCGCCAACUCGAUUCUGUGAGGAAAUUGAAUGCGUUCAGGCUGAAGUAAGGGCGUGGGAAGAACGUGAACUACUGAAUCCUGAAACUGUUUGUAAACUUAACUCAGGAGUGGACAAAUCAGGAAGCGAGUCUGUGUUUAAGUGCGUUAAUGGAGACUGAGAAAAACUGGUCUCUUCUCUAAUGUGGCUCACUGUGAUAGUGAUUAUGGCUACUACAACAUUUUGUGAACAUUUUGGGUGUGGGAUCUAGCGUUAGAUUUUCCAGCUUCACCACCUGAUUGGCAUCUUUUGCUCAAGGGUCCUGCAGUGGCAGCUUAACAUCCGAGCUCCCACCUUCUGCAUGCACGCUGGCUGAAAAUUUCUUUGUGGAAGUUGAUCGGAAAUAUUUGAUUCAUCAACCAACAAAACGUCUAUGCAUAAAAAAAAAAAACUCAUCCAGUUUGGCUCGGAAAACUGAUUUGUCCCCUCCUGUCUUCAAUUAGUUUUUUUCCCAUCAAUCAGCAAUAAUGCAUUUUUCCCCAUGUGUGUAUAUGUAUGUGUAUGUGUGUAUGUAUGUGUAUAUAUGUAUGUAUAUAUAAUAUAUAAACACACACACACAUUAGUGUAUAUGUAGUAGGAUGUAAGCAUCACUGGAGUAUUGAGUUCUUGAGACUGUGGAUGUUCUGUAGCUUCAGUCCCAACACCACUUACUGUUCAUGUGCACAGGUUACUUAAUUACAACCACUUUCACUUUAUCAUUAUUAGAUAGAUGGAUUGAACAUCAUGUUCGUGUUUUUCUACACUGUCUUUAAAUGGCUGUUUCAACAGCCGCAGUUCUGCGCUGCAUCGUUUGACACACCUAUUCGGUGUCCGAUGUUCUCGAACCGUUGCCGGUAUCGCCAGAGUUCAUUCGGAAGCGAGACCCAGGCCAUGCUGUGCAGAACGCGGGGUAUUUACGCGAAACCGCUUUUACAUCACGUUGCAACGAAACCGUAGUGCCUUGCACUUUUUUUUU